AUGGCCGCUACAACCCCCCGCUUCUCUACAAAAGAUGUUACAGUCGUCUUCUUCCUCGGUGGCCCCGGCAGCGGAAAGGGCACCCAAUCCGCCAACCUAGUCAAAGACUACGGCUUCGUGCACCUAUCAGCCGGCGACCUCCUCCGCGCUGAGCAAGUCCGCCAAGGUAGUGAGUACGGCGAAAUGAUCAAGACUUACAUCCGUGAGGGCAAGAUCGUUCCAAUGGAGGUGACCGUAGCUCUCUUGUCAAACGCCAUGGCCGAGUCCCUGGCCACAGCCCCACCACCCGCUGGCACGAAAGCUCGAUUCCUGAUCGACGGCUUCCCCCGCAAACUGGACCAAGCCGUCUUCUUUGAGAAGACCGUUUGUGUCUCCGAGCUCGUCCUAUUCUUGGAUUGCCCCGAGGACGUCAUGGAAGCCCGGUUACUGAAGCGGGGUGAGACUAGUGGGCGUGAGGAUGACAAUGCUGAGUCUAUCCGCAAGCGCUUCCGCACUUUUGUCGAGACUUCUAUGCCUGUUGUUGAGGACUUUAGGGGAAAGGAUAAGGUUGUCGAGGUUGAGGCUACUAAGUCUGUUGAUGAAGUGUACGCUAAGGUUAAAGAAGGGAUUGAGAAGCGUGGGCUGCAUGCUCGUUCUUAG